CUGAUGUCAACCUUUAUUUCCCCCCACCUUCUUGCCAUUGAUUUAUCCCACCACUACUUGAGGUACUGUACAUAUCUAGAUAACGCCCUGACUUCGCAAUGUCAGUCACCCAUAUUGUUCUCUUCCAGUUCAAAGCAGGCACUAGCGCCGAAGUCAUCGAAGAUGUUUGCAAUCGUAUGCUUGCCCUAAGAGACAACUGUCUUCACCCGUCGUCACAAAAACCUUAUAUUCGAACUUCAUCCGGUGGCAGAGAUAACUCUCCCGAAGGUAUCCAGCAUGGCAUCACACAUGCCUUCGUUGUUGAGUUUGCGAGUGCUGCAGACCGAGACUACUAUGUUAAGGACGAUCCUGUCCAUCGAGAAUUUGUAAAGAGCCUUGGCGGAGUCAUCGAAAAAGCGCAGGCUGUUGACUUUACUCCUGGGAUACUUUAGGAGCUUGGAUGAGACGCGAAAUUUCUCCGAUUUCUCUAAUUAACAUCUAGGGUAUGUUCAUAUCACAGUAGCGUCACUCGGAGAAAUAGAGGUUCCUAUAGAAGGAACUCUGAAUUAUAAUGCACCAAAUAUGUACACAGUAUAUACCUGUCUGGAAGUAAGAUCAAGGCUACACUGUUAAAGAUAAGGAGAUAAGUGUAAGGGACUCUAGCUGAAUCAAUAGUUGACUAGGUAGUCUAUCACGAAGAGACAGCUUAAGGUUAAGCUAAAGAGAGGAAAAAA